UUAACUUCCUUUGCGUAAUGACGCCAGUCAGCUGACUGCUUCCAGAUUGAAGGCUGACCGGCAGACAUCUUGGAGACGCGAGAGAAUCAGAACGCCCGUCUGAGAACAGUGGAGCCGGGCUCCGACACCACCAAGAGACGGGUUGAUAAUGAUGGAUGGCUGAAUUUGAGGUGAAUUCACCAUGAUUGGAGGGCUCUUCAUUUACAAUCAUAAGGGAGAGGUACUCAUCUCCCGAGUCUACAGAGAUGACAUAGGGCGGAAUGCUGUGGACGCUUUCCGUGUCAAUGUCAUCCAUGCACGGCAGCAGGUGCGUUCCCCAGUCACCAACAUCGCUCGUACCAGCUUUUUCCAUGUCAAGCGCUCCAAUAUCUGGCUGGCAGCUGUCACCAAACAGAAUGUCAAUGCUGCUAUGGUGUUUGAGUUUCUGUACAAGAUGUGUGAUGUCAUGACUGCCUACUUUGGCAAGAUCAGCGAGGAAAAUAUCAAGAACAACUUUGUCCUCAUCUAUGAACUGCUGGAUGAAAUACUGGACUUUGGAUACCCCCAGAACUCUGAGACUGGUGCACUGAAAACCUUCAUUACCCAGCAAGGCAUCAAAAGCCAGACAAAGGAGGAGCAAUCACAGAUAACAAGUCAAGUUACUGGGCAAAUUGGCUGGAGACGAGAGGGUAUCAAAUACCGACGCAACGAGCUCUUUUUGGAUGUGCUAGAGAGUGUUAACUUGCUCAUGUCUCCACAAGGCCAAGUCUUAAGUGCCCAUGUCUCUGGACGCGUGGUCAUGAAGAGUUAUCUAAGUGGGAUGCCAGAAUGCAAGUUUGGAAUGAAUGACAAGAUUGUUAUUGAUAAGCAGGGCAAGGGAACAGCUGAUGAGACUGGCAAAAGUAGUGGGAAGCAGUCAAUUGCCAUCGACGACUGCACUUUUCACCAGUGUGUCCGUCUCAGCAAGUUUGACUCUGAGAGGAGCAUCAGUUUCAUUCCACCUGAUGGGGAAUUUGAACUGAUGAGGUAUCGCACUACAAAAGACAUCAUCCUUCCAUUUCGAGUGAUUCCUUUGGUUCGGGAGGUGGGCCGGACCAAAUUAGAAGUCAAAGUUGUCAUCAAGUCCAACUUCAAGCCAUCUCUUCUGGCUCAGAAGAUAGAGGUGCGAAUUCCUACUCCUCUGAACACCAGUGGAGUGCAAGUUAUCUGCAUGAAAGGCAAGGCCAAAUAUAAAGCUAGUGAGAAUGCAAUCGUCUGGAAGAUUAAAAGAAUGGCUGGGAUGAAGGAGAGUCAGAUCAGUGCUGAGAUAGAACUCCUGCCCACGAAUGACAAGAAAAAGUGGGCAAGGCCUCCCAUCUCUAUGAACUUUGAGGUCCCAUUUGCACCAUCUGGUCUGAAGGUGCGCUACCUGAAAGUGUUUGAGCCAAAACUGAACUACAGUGACCAUGACGUGAUUAAAUGGGUUCGUUACAUUGGACGGAGUGGAAUUUAUGAGACCCGGUGUUAGGUGAAGGAGUGUUCACUACUCUCAAGUGGGGUUACUGCAAACCGAGCCCUGCAUCACCCUUGCCCUAUGUAUCCGUAUUGUAGUUCUUGUGUGGUCACCAGGUGGAUGCAUCCAGAUGAAGUUUGCCUUGUGUGCUCGCUAGGGGUCAGUAGAUAGUGCUGAAUAUUGUGUGCCCUCUGAUUCCUGCUCACAAUCCAGGGCUGCACUCUUGAGUUCCGUGUGAAUCAUUGUGUGAUGCACCCUGGCAGGAGGACCAUGUUACUGCCACUGCUGCCUGCUGCAACCCUUUUGCUUUAGUGUGCUAUCUGUUGGUAAUUUUGUGAUCGUUCACUUCUCCCCAAUAAAAUGUAACGUAGAACCUAA